AUUUCAAUAAUUUAUUAAUCAAUAUAAACAUGGUAAUUAAUUAGAAAAAUUAAUUAUCUAUUUCAACAGCGCCUCAUACGGUUUAUAAACAACCAAUAUGGCCGCUUAUCAAACAACGUAUCAAAUGACUUGAGUAUAUUUUGAUAAUAUUUUUAUUUGACAAUUUAAUCACGUGACUUAAAUCAAAUAAAAAGCUCUAUUAUUUGAAAAAAAAAAAUCUUGAAUCAUGAUCAUCUAUUUCCACACAACUGCAUACACCAUGAACCCAUUAUUGAACAUAUUGAACUUGUGUGAACUUGUUUUUCUCAUAUAUUUGCAAUGUGUCAAAAGUCAAAUAAUCAAGUUAAAUAGUUUACAAACUGCAGCUGUUAUUUGGAAAAUAAUAAACGAAUAUCAAAAGAAUAAUUUUAAUCAUAAAAAUUUUACAUACAAUUAUAAAUGUGUGUGCAACAGAGUUUAUAAUUAUAUAUGUAAGAUAUGUAAACAAAGAUCCAUAUGUAAAAAUCCAUAUGUUCUUGGUAAACUUUAUUAGCAACUGUUGGCUAGACGCGUUGGUAGACACACACGAGAAAAUACUCAGUGGGUAAAGUACUUGUAUUAUAUACUGGUGGUACAAUUGGAAUGGUGAGAAAUGAAUCCGGUGCAUUAGCACCAAUUCCAAAUAAAUUUGUGCAUGCAGUCAAAAAAUAUCCUAAUAUGUAUGAUGCUGAAUAUAUAUUUAAAAAAAUUGGUGCAUCAGAAACAGUUUUAGCUCUACCAAUAUCAGCAUCACAUCGACGAAUUGUUUAUGAAAUUCAAGAAUACAAUCCAUUAUUGGAUUCGAGUAAUAUGAAAAUGGAUGAUUGGAUUAAAAUUGCUACUGAUAUAAAGAAUCAUUAUGAAAGAUUUGAUGGUUUUGUUGUACUUCAUGGUACAGAUACACUUUCUUACACAGCAUCAGCAUUAUCAUUUAUGCUUGAAGCUCUUGGAAAAACAGUUGUUAUAACAGGAUCACAAUUGCCAAUAUUUGAUACAAGAAGUGAUGGUCUUAAUAAUUUUUUAGCAUCACUUAUUAUUGCUGGUAAUUAUAAUAUACCAGAAGUAUGUGUAUUUUUUGGACGUAAAUUAAUGCGUGGUAAUAGAGCAACAAAAGUUGCAUCAGCAUCAUUUGAAGCAUUUGAUUCACCAAAUUCAUCACCAUUAGCUGUUGCUGGUAUUAAAAUUGAUGUUGAUUAUCCAUCAAUAUUUCGUGCAACAGCAUUAGAAAAAUUUCAUGUACAUACAACGUUAAGUAAAAAUGUUGGUUUACUUAAAAUAUUUCCAAGUAUAUCAACUGAAUUAGUUAAAGCAUUUCUUCAACCACCUAUGGAAGGUGUUAUUUUACAAAGUUAUGGAGCUGGUAAUAUACCAGAUAAUCGUGAUGAUAUACUUGAUGUACUACGUGCUGCAACAGAUAGAGGUGUUAUUAUUGUUAAUACAAGUCAAUGUACACGUGAUGGUGUUACUGAUUUAUAUCAAGCCGGAAAAGUACUCAUUGAAGCCGGAGUAACACCAGGCUAUGAUAUGACUCCCGAAGCAGCCCUAACAAAACUUGCAUAUGUAUUAUCUAAAAAUGAAUAUGAUAUAAAAGCAAAAAGAAAAAUUAUUGAAACAAAUCUACGUGGUGAGCUAACAGUAUGUAAUGAUAUUGAUUUUAAAAAUCGAGGACAAUUUUUACAAUCUGUUGGAUUAAAUAGAAAUAUGGAAUUUCAUCAAUUAGCACCUUUAAUAUUUCCAACUAUGUUAAUGGAAGCUGUUAUUGCAAAAGAUAUAUCAAAAAUUGAAUUUCUUGUUAAUAAUAGAGCUGAUGUAUCAAUGCCAAAUCCUGAAAAUCGUACAGCUUUACAUUUAGCUUGUGCAAUUGGAGAUGUUGGUGUUGUUAAAAGUUUAUUAAAAAUGGGAGCAAAUGUACAUAUUAAAGACAGAUACAAUGCUACUCCAUUGACUGAAGCAAUUGAUGCACAUUCAAAUGAAAUAAUUAAAUUACUAGUUCAAUGUGGAGCUCAUUUACAUGAAGAUCCAGCUAUUAUAGGUGAAAAAAUUUAUUUAGCAUCAGUAAUUAGCGAUAUCGAUAGACUUGAAGCAUUUAAACUUGCUGGUGCUGAUUUAAAUCAAACAAUUAUUAUCAGUGGCUCAUCAACAAAUAUUUUAGAACAAGCUUAUUUACAUAAUAGAUCUGAUGUUAUCAAUUAUCUCAAGGGAAAUGAAAUAACUAAUGGAAAAAUUUAAAUAAAAAAUAUUAUAAAAAUGACCUUGGAAUUUGGAUCAGUCCAUGAACGAAAUGCAAUUGCAAACCAAUCACCAGGAGUUGGUGUUGUUAUUUUAACAUCAUAUUGAUCACCAC